AGUCAUGGUAGUGGUAGAGGGGAAAAAACUCACUGUUUCCCGUUGGGCCAGUCAUUAAGUGUUUUGUUAUACCUCCCAACUCAGAAAUACAAAUAAGAACUGCGAAAAAAUAUAUUUGCUUCGACUCCGACUGACACUCAAAUCUGCAAAAGUUCAAGUUGUUGUCUCCCUAGGGAGUUGACACAGGACACGGGACUCGUCCAAUCAGAAAACUAUUUGUGUUGGAAGGUAUAACAAUACAUGUUCAUGAACUUGGCUUUGAUUACUAGUCAAUUACGAAAAGUCUCUUGCGUAUAGACCGCACAUUUUAUCUGGGAAGAUGGCUUGGCAAGAAUUUGCGGGAGAUUCCAGAGAUACCAUCUCAUCUCCCCACCCACACUCCCUCGGUCUACAGCGCACCGAUAGACUGUCAGAUAUGGUAUCAAAACUUCCUACGUGGUGUCUUGUAGAGUGAGUGUGGGAAGAAGUCCAACCUCUCGAAAUGAACAUUUUUAUCAGCCAUUUCUUGAGUAAUAUCGGAAACUCUAAUGAAACAGGAGUAAACAUUUUGGGCCUUUUAUGAGGUUGUUGAACCACAUGGUUUUCAUUCGCAGCCGCUGUUCAGAUACUACACCGGCUCGUGAAGAGUUUGUUUUUGAGAGUACCUGUUACAUUUCUCGACUUACCCGUCAAUGAGAGAUUUGAUGAUCCGACGAGUUUCUUUGUGACUUUGAAAUGUUUAUUCUUUGUGUAUCCCGCAAACGAUUAUAGUGGCAAUGUAGGCAAAGAGCGAUUUUCCAUGGUGAGCGUUUCUUUCACUUGAACAACGCCAUUGGGAAGAUUGCCUGGCUUGUUGUGAAUAACCUGUCAUAAAACAAAAGUUAAUUUCGUGUCAUUAGAUUCCAUCCAAUCAAAUCACGUCACUAAUUCUAUAGUGUUAAAUAAAUUGGAAUCUUCUACUGUCUUCUUCUAUCUCUAGCUCGGAUAAAACAAAUUUUGAAGUGCUACAUUAAGCGCUGAAUAGAGACAAAUUGCUAAGACAAGGACAAUUGGCACCUGGGCCCAUACAACACACAGAGCAUUGUUUUGUUCCAGCUGGUUGGCAACUGAAGUGAGAAUGACCAGGCUUCCAAAAAUUGCAAGCUUUGCCAGCUUUUGUUUCACAGCAUUGCUUGUGGUGCAUCUUCCCGAAGCAGUGUACUCUAAAUCCAAAGUAGCUACCCAUGACAAGGGAGAAAUCACCAUAGAUAAGAAAGCAAUGGAGCACAUUAUAGAGCAGAAAACCUCCGAAGCCAUCAAGAAGCUCGAAAAACAAUUCAAGUCAACAUUCAGGGCGUACACUUCGACAAACGACAAAAGCAGAAAACACCAGGCUCAUAAAAAACUUGAAGCUUUGGUCAACGUGGUCAAAAGAGAGUCAAAGGAAAGCUUGGAGAAGGAUAGUAAAGGCUAUGAAUUUGAUGUGAACAGACUGUCUGGCAAAGAAACCGGACGCAUACUGGUUUCUUCAUACAUAAGAAACAAAAGGCAGUCUUGGGGGGCUUGUCAACCUGUCUGUCAACACAGAUGCCUGCCAACAUGUGACUUGUUGUGUUGUAUAACAACACCCUUCAUUGUUCCAAAGAAAACUGUGAAAAUGCUCGAGAAACAACUGGCCAAGGCUAACCUUAAGAAGAAGAGCAAGAUUUCCAAGAAACAUUUGAAGAAAGGUCACGUCUGUGAAGUAAAAUGCCAGAAAGCUUGUCUGCCUUCCUGCAAGUUCAGUUGUUGUAUUACUCCUAAAAAGCUGGUUAAGCAUUGAAUUCAAAAGAUUCGAAAGCAGGCUAAAGAACUUUUUAUAACCUGUGCUGAGCAAGAUCUUUAGCGUUAGCCAUGUUUAACAGAAAAAUCCAAAUUUUGGUCACGGUUUCAUGAGACUAGCCUCGUGGUGUUGAUUUCGUAUUGUACGGUUUUGGUAUCGUACGUUGUAGUUUUCGUAUUAUGCGGUGUGUUUUGCGAACCGCCCACGUUUAGCUGGGAAUUAAGCAAGAGAACUACAGGGAUAAUAUUUUUACAACUUCGAGACAGGAAACCUAAAAAAACAACUAUGCUAUCCAGCGGUGAUUCCACGCGGACAUCACGAAAGGCUAGUCACGUGCCCUUCAUGCAAAGUACUAACCAGGAUAUUUAUUGAUAAGUUAAUAAAGAUGGUGAAUUUUAAGUUCGGUAAUGAAAUGCGAAGGUGAAUUAAUCA